AUGGUCGGAUUUCAAUCGCAAAAAGAAGACUCACUGGCACGCAGCUUGCCGUUGGAUGCAGUGCAGCAAAAUAUGGAAGAACUAUCGGAAAUUGUCGACGGGAACACCGAUAUCGAAAAUGCACAUGGCAAAGCAAGAGACAGGAACGAGGAAGAACUCUUUGAACAAGUCAAAGAUGUAUUUGCAAUGACACUGAAGGUUAAAAAAGAGAAGCUGAAAAUGCAAGAGGCCUUCUUGGCCCAAGGAGGAGACUCACUACUCGCGAUUCAGAUUGUCGGCCGCUGUCGUGAAGCCGGCUUCCAGUUUGACACAUCUGAUUUGCUUCGCGCAAACACACUUGAGCAGAUGUGCUAUGAUAUCAUCAAAGGAUGUCUUUCAUGGAGCGCAACCCAUGCAACAGAAGUACAAACGCCAACUUCAAAUGAUGACGAAGCUCAGGCUCGAAAUGCUUCUUCACCAUCUACAAAGACCAAAAAACUCACACCAAUGCAACAUUUUCACAUGUUUGGAGGUCAAAUUCGAAUAAAAUUAUUUGAGUUAGCAGUCAAACCAACAAUUUCAGAGACCAUUUUGUCAACUUGUCUCAAUCGCCUGGUUCAGCGUCACGAGAUUUUGAGAGCUACCGUGCAUGAGGAACAUCGAAAUACAACCGCGGACGAGGGUUACCCCAAAACAACUGCCUUUAUGCAGAUCCCAGCAACCUCAACCACGAAUUCGUUAUUUGCUUAUGAAAAGUAUCAAUACGAAUCACUUUCAAAUUGCCAAAUUGUUCUGGCUGGAUUUGGGGAGGCGAUUAAUAUUGAGAAUGGCCAGGGUUUUGCUGCCGUUAGCUUUACUGAAGAGGCCCAGAAUGCACGGUUCCUUGGACUACUCGCCCAUUGUUCACUGGUAGAUGGCCAGGCAUGGAAUACUAUUGUAAAAGAUCUUAGCCAUCUUCUGGAUGGGGAGGUAUCAGUUCAGAGAAAUAAUGAUACAGAAACGAUUGAGCUUGCCUCCCAAGGACAUGAGUUUAUCAACGAUUUGACACACGACGAAGUUGGUGCUUUCACAACAGGAGACGCCGAUACUCGGAUUUGGGUUCUACCCAUUCACCAAGAAAUCACCACGAAGUUACUACCUGGCUCUUCGUGCCACAAACCCCUACGGACGGAGCCCCUGGAUUUCCUAACUGCUGCUCUCUACUUGGCAUACAGGGAACAAGCCUCUACUGUUGAGACCGAUACUAUCGACAUGUACGAACUUCAUCAGGAAGGAAUUCAUGAUGGAUCUACGGAUAUAGAUUUUUUUGAAAAUUUGGUUUCAAUAGAUACAACCCCAUUAAAGGCUGAGACAACUGCUGCCGAUUUAGUCCGCCUCGUUAAAGAUAUUCGUCGCAGAUCACAUAUCGAAAGUCCGGGCCAACAACAUCAACUUUGUCAGAAACUGAAGCACCCUCGUCGUACUACACUGGUCCUAGAUUGCUUCAACACAGCUAUGGCUCCUCCUGAAGCUGGAAAAUCGAUGAUGCGCGACAUCUUUCAGACGACAAGUUGCAGAAAUGGGCUGUCUCCGAAUACAUAUCUCAUCUCAACGUGUAUGGUGAAAGAUCGGUUGUGUUUCACAUUUCAGGGGACCGAUGGUAAAGACUCGAGCAAUCUUAUAGAGGCUCAAAAGAAAUCUUUCGGAGAAUCCCUUUCUCGCACACUUCAUAAUCUAUUGUUGGAACUAGAAACUAGCGGGCAUCGUGCCACAUUGAGCGAUUUCCCUCUUCUAAAGGCAACAUAUCUGGAGCUCGAUGACCUUAUCGGCAAUAAACUCAAACACCUAGCUCCUAACCCAUUAGCCGACAUCGAGGAUAUCGUUCCAUGCUCUCCGAUGCAGGAAGCUAUUAUGAUCAGUCAAUCGGUGGAUGACAUAUUAUACCAAUGCGCCUAUGUAUUUAAAAUGACUGCAUCACUGAACGAUUUACAGCGAGGCCCUCUUGAUCCAGUGCGACUUGCAAAUGCUUGGUCUCAGGUGGUCCAACGACAUGAAGCUCUUCGGACAGUCUUCAUGGAAAGUCGUUCGCGCCCGGGACACUUCGAUUCGGCUAUUUUUAAACGAGUCAGUAGUCCAGUUGCCUUUCUGGAAACAGAAGCUGAAAUAAGAUCUGUUAUUGACGGCACCUAUACGCCAAUCAAGUUUGGAAUGUUGGAAAUUCCUCACCGGUUUGCCAUUUUCCAAAAGUCGGAAAAGGAACUUCAUAUUCGAAUUGAUGCUUCUCAUACCAUCAUUGAUGGAGAAUCAAUUUACAUCUUGUUUCAAGAUGCGUGGGCCUUGUAUAAUAGUGAGGUUUUGAUAGAACCAGGUUGUCCUUAUCGGUCGUUUGUUUUCUACUAUAAUAAACUGUCUCUUGAAGAGUCUGUUUCCUACUGGACCAACUAUCUGUCUGGUAGCGAACCGACAAUGCUUCCACUUAAUUAUCCGGAUUCUUCAAGAGAACAGUUCGGAACGGUUGCACUGGAUAUCGAUACCUCAGCUUAUCAGUUAGACAGGCUGUGCGGAGAACUGAAUAUUACCCUUGUGAACCUUUGUCAACUCGCAUGGGGAUGCGUGCUUGGAAACUUCGCUGGUUCGAGUGAUGUUCAAUUUUCUUAUGUGACAUCAGGCCGACAGGCGGCCCUUCCUGGAAUUGCAAAGUCUGUAGGAACAUAUAUCAACACAGUUUCGUGCCGACUUGCCUUAUCUCCGGCUUUAACUAUCAUUGAAUGCCUUCAAAAAAUACGAGAUGACUUUAUCCAAAGCCUUUCGCACCAAUUCUUGCCCUUGUCAGACCGAGACUCCGACGAUGACAAGUCUUUUCUAAAAAGAGGCAAUACCUUAUUGGUUGUGCAACGUAACGCCCAUACCGGAAGUAUCGCUGAUGAUUCUGGACGAUUUGAAGUUAUCAAAGCUAUUAAUCGGACUGAGUACGAUCUGGUAAUGAAUAUCGAAGUGGCACCGUCAAAGAUUAAAGUAAAUGUUGAUUUUUGGGGGUCGUUGCUUGACGAAGACUUUGCAUACAAGGUUGCCACUGCGUUCAAAAUGUCAGUUCUAUCGAUAUCGUCCAACCAUGGGAGAUGUAUACGGAACAUUUCAUUGGUGAACGAAAAUCAAGCACUCAAAUUACACCACUGGAGCGGAGACUAUCCAGCUGCUGUGGAUGGUUGUAUACACGAUUUGGUCUAUGAGCAGGUUAAGUUGCGACCACAUGCCGUGGCAAUACAUGCGGAUGGUGAUGAUAUUACCUACGCCCGACUCGACGUUCUAGCGAACGGCCUAGCCAAGCGACUCGUUGACGCGGGCGUCGGCCCCGAAAAAUUCGUGGCUCUUUGCUUCAACAAGUCUCCUUGGGCUAUCGUAUCAAUGCUCGCCAUCUUAAAGGCUGGAGGAAUUGUUGUACCGGCUGGAGUGCAACAUCCCAAGGAACGAGUUCAAUCGAUUAUAACUGACACAAAAACAUUGGUAAUGGUAACUGACUCAGAUAAUGGACAUCGAUUCACAGAUUUAGUACCUACAGUCAUCUUUGUUGAUAGAGACCACUUACACGACCUGCCUAACUCAAAACAGAAUAUCGUUCAGGAGAGCAAACUGAAACCGGAAAAUGCAGCGUUCGUAAUUUACACGUCUGGUAGCACUGGUGUUCCCAAGGGCGUAGUACUGGAGCAUGCUGCCCUCUGUACAGCCAUGAAGGCACAUGGCAAAGCGUUCAAUAUGACCACAAAAACGCGUACAGCACAAUUCUCAGCAUAUACCUUUGACGUUAGUGUUGGCGAUAUCUUCGGUACUCUUAUACAUGGAGGUUGCGUUUGUGUUAUAUCUGAAGAAGACCGCAUGAAUAAUUUGGAAGCUUCCAUGGAUAAAGCGAAGGUCAAUCUCGCUGUACUCACCUCGACCGUUGCAGACCUGCUAAGGCCGUCAGAAGUAUCGACCUUGGAAGUGUUAGUGCUAGUUGGGGAGCCGGCAAAACCCUCAGUCAUUGAAACGUGGGUAGAACAUGUUACCAUCUUGAAUGCAUACGGCCCAUCCGAAUGCUGCAUUCACAGUACAUGUGGUGAUCCGAUUACAUCAGUUGCGCAAGCUUCGAUCAUUGGCAAAGGUCUCAAUACUCGAGCUUGGGUGGUAAACCCAGCAAAUAUCGAUCAACUUUCUCCAAUCGGAGCAGUAGGAGAACUCUUACUUGACGGUCCCAUGUUAGCCCGUGGAUAUUUGAAUGAUGCACUUAAAACAGCUGCGGCAUUCAUUAAGGAUCUUUCUUGGUACAAGGAACACGACUUGAAACCCGGACAUCGCAUGUAUCGUACAGGUGAUUUGGUGCGUCAGAGUAUGGAUGGUUCGCUGACCUACAUUGGCCGGCGUGAUACACAAGUAAAAAUACGAGGGCAGCGUGUGGAAAUGGGUGAAAUCGAGUACAAUAUUCUUCACAGUCCAGUUCCUGUCCUUGAUGCAACUGUCAUUUACGCCAAACAGGGUCUAUUCAAGGGUCGUCUUGUUGGCCUGUUGGUACUUGAAGAUGUCUCUGAAGACGCUACGUUUUUGGAGUUUUUGGAGGGAAUUGAUAUCAUCAGUGAUCGAAAAGCAGCGGAAAAAGUCGUUGCCAUUCGUGUUUACGUGUCGGAGAAUGUCAUGGAAUACAUGGUCCCUAGUUUGUGGCUUCUAUGCAAAUCCAUCCCAUUGAACGAUUCUGGAAAGAAGGAUCAUCGCAAGCUUCAAAAGUGGCUUGGUGAAGUCGAUGAAGCGUUCAUUACCUCCAACACACAUACUGGAUACGAGGAUCAGUUGUUGAAUAAACCAUUGGCAGCAAUACCAGUCAAUCGGUCUUUUCUCAGCUUAGGAGGAGACUCUAUAUCGGCUAUGCAAGUUGCUUCCCGGUGUCGCAGCGACGGUAUCUCCAUAUCUGUCAAGGAAAUUAUGCAGACUAAGUCCAUUCUUGAUCUCUCUACCAAGACUGAGCUGUACAAGGGCAACAGUGGAUCUCGGUCUGGGUCUGGCAAGCCUUUUAGACUUUCACCUGUUCAGCAACUGUAUAAGGACAAGGUUGCACAUGGGUCCUUGGAAGCUGAAGGCGAGUUUCGGUUUAAUCAGAGCUUCCUACUGAGAGUAUUGACCGAAGUCGAUUCCAACGAUUUCAUACAGGCGAUGGAUGUGAUUGUACAGCAGCAUGGCAUGCUUCGAGCUCGGUUUCAUCCGUCGCUAACAGACAUGUCCUGGACGCAGACUCUGGAGACUAACCUUUUCGGCUCUUAUCAUAAUGGUGUACAUAGUGUUACAACCAUGGAGUUGGCGAUCGAAGUGAUGGCAUCAUCACAACGAAGUCUGAACUUGGAACUAGGACCAGUUUUCUCAGUAGACCUCAUCAAACUCCAAAGUUCUGGAGAACAGCUGCUCUUCCUUACUGCCCACCAUCUUGUCAUUGAUCUGGUCUCUUGGCGUAUCAUAUUACAUGAUCUCGAAAAGCUACUCCGUGACAAAUCCCUUCCACCCCACACUUCACUGACAUUUCAGCACUGGACUGAGGAUCUUCUUGAACACGAUAAGGCAGAAAAGUCCAAUAUCCAUGUAACCCUUCCCUUUAAAAUUGGACAACUGAACUGGCGAUACUGGGGUAUAGACCCCGAAACGAAUUUCUACGCAGAUGAGACUAUCGAAACAGUUCUGAUUGAUGAAAAAAUUACGUCUCUACUGUUUGGAAAAUGCAACGAGUCUUUGCAAACAGAAACGAUUGAUUUAUUAUUAGCCACUAUUUUCCAUUCUUUCCGGUUGGCCUUUCCAGACCGUGAUGUUCCUGCCAUUUUCAACGAGGGACACGGCCGAGAAGUUUGGAAUGACUCCAUCGACGUGACCCAAACAGUUGGCUGGUUUACAACGUUUGUGCCCUUGCGUAUACCAACUGUUGAGAAUUUAUUGGAUAUUGUCAAAUGGACGAAAGACUUGCGCCGCAGAAUUCCCGGCCACGGUUUGCCGUACUUCUCUUCCCAAUUUUUGAGAACUGAUGAGAAUGCUUCUGUAUCAUCAGACUGGAAUCCAGAAGUUAUAUUCAACUACGUCGGUAGAAGCCAGCAGUUAGAAAGAGAGGACAGUUUGUUCCGAUUAGAACACAUUCGUGAUCCGAGAUUGUCACCAGUGGGCAAACGAACAAGGCGACUGGGUUUAUUUGAGAUCUCUGCUAUCGUGGAAUCUGACUCUUUGCGCGUCGACUUUCGUCUCAAUAAACAUGUUCGAGACUUAAAUUCAGUUAAAACCUGGGUUGCUGCCUACAAGGCGACAUUGCUUGACAUGACUUCACAACUAGUCAAGGUGGAUAGAAUAUAUACUCUAUCCGACUUUGCAAUGCCAGACAUGACAUAUGAAAGUCUGACACACUUACAGUACACUUACUUGCCUCAGGUAAAUUUGAGCAUCAAUGACGUGGAGGAUGUUUACCAUUGCUCCCCAAUGCAACAGGGUAUUCUGAUAAGUCAGCUUAAAUCACCAGCCACAUAUCAAAUACAACAAGUCUGCGAAAUCAAACCUCGACAAGACCAUAAUGCCAUUGAUAUAGAUCGACUAGUUGAUUCAUGGCAAAGGAUAGUCGACCGGCAUUCAAUUCUGCGAACUAUAUUCGUUUCAUCGAUCUCGGAUGAUAGAACCUGGGAUCAAGUGGUCUUGAAGAAAUGGGAAGCGGAUAUUUCAUAUUUGAAAGAUGUCUUGGAUGAGGAUGUACUGGAUUGCUUUGCCGAGAAGCCUCACCUGGAGCAACUUCCUAAUCAACCUUGCCACAGAAUUACAGUUUUCCAGACAUUAACAAAAAGGAUAUAUGCAUAUUUUGAAGUUAGUCACGCGUUAGUAGACGCAUCCUCACUGAAUCUCUUGCUGGAUGAAUGGAUAGCUGCAUAUGAUGGCAGUCUUUUAUUCACGUCAGCUCCGAAGUACAACGCAUACAUUGGAUUUUUACAACAACAUUCUGCAGAGGAGAGCUUGACCUACUGGACCGAGCAUCUCAAGGAUGCAGAGAUAUGUAAAAUCGUCGGCUCAAAAGCUUCUACAAGUGACCUAGGAACUAGAGGAACCGAUUUCCAGACGGUCGCGAAAGCUUUCUCGGCAACUCCCCAGUUGAAUCAAUUUGUCGAGAAAAACGACAUAACGAUUGCUACAGUGGUACAACUGGCGUGGGCAAUCGUCCUUUCAAAAUACACCGGAUCUCAAAAACCGACUUUUGGUUACUUGUCGAGCGGCCGGGAUGCGGAGAUAGAGGACAUUGAGAGAAUUGCUGGUCCACUUAUCAAUAUGAUGGUAGCUCACAUAAAACUCGAUUCUUCCAUGAGUAUUACCAAGACCAUGGAACAGAUCCAGGACAACUUCCUGAACGGAUUCACACACCAACGCACACCGCUAGUUGACAUUCAACAUGGGCUUCGUCUCGGAGACACGAGGCUCUUCAACACGUCCUUGUCGUACAAACCUUGGGCCACAAAUGAUGUUAACGAGUCUCACAGUCUAAUUAUAAACCAUGUUACGGGCAUAGACCCUACAGAGUACGAUAUCAACCUAGACAUUGUUGGAGGUCCACAAGCGUUCUCCGCAACAUUGCAGUAUUCUUCAACAUCGAUGACGAAUGAUGAUGCGACUAGUUUGUUGGAGAGCUUUUUACAGGUGCUGCAUUCUAUGAUCGAUGAGAGCACAAUCAUGCUCGGUGAUAUCGAUAUGGUCAGCGCCUACGAAAUUGAAAGGAUGAGAGAGUGGAACAGGAACGCACCGGAACGUAUUGACCGUUGUGUUCAUGAUCUUGUCGAAGAGCAGUGUUUGCGUCACCCAGACGCUCAAGCCGUAUGCGCAUGGGACGGAGAAAUGACCUAUGGAGAACUGAACAAACUAUCAACACUGCUUGCUAGUUUCCUGAAGGAUAAUGGAAUCGGACCAGAAAAGUCGGUCGCGAUCUGCUUCAACAAAUCCUGCUGGGCUGUAGUGUCAAUACUAGCCAUCCUCAAGGCCGGAGGUGUCGUUGUCCCUAUUGCCGUUCGACAUCCACUACAGCGGGCCAAGGCGAUCUUAGAGGAAGUGAAUGCGCAGAUAAUGCUAACGGACCAAGGAAAUUGUAGCCAAUAUGUUGAUACCCUGCCGUCUGUUCAUGUAGUGGAUGAUAAUCUGGUCGGAAAAUUCCUGCUACCCCCUGGACGCGUGUGUGAAGAAAUACGACCUGAUAACGCGGCCUAUAUAAUAUUCACAUCGGGAAGUACGGGAGCCCCGAAAGGUGUCGUUUUGGAACACUCCACAUUGUCAACUGUUCUAAGUGCACAUGGUAGCAAGCUCAACAUCGGACCUAAAACAAGAGUCGGCCAGUUCUCUGCUUAUACGUUUGAUGUCAGUAUUGGUGACAUCUUCAUUACUCUCUUGCACGGUGGCUGCGUGUGUGUGAUCUCAGACGAAGAUCGCUUGAACAAAUUACCAUAUGCCCUCAACAAUGCGGGCGUUAAUUUUAUGUUUCUUACCUCUACCGUUGCUACCCUGAUUGAACCAAAGGACUUCCCAUCUCUAGAGACGAUGGUCCUCGUCGGUGAGGCAGUGAGGCCUGAAAUCAUUGAGACUUGGGGUCAAAAGGUGGAUGUGAUUAGUGCAUAUGGUCCCUCGGAGUGUUCAAUCCAUGCAACAUUUAGUGAACCUAUUAAAGACAAACAGGACGCAGGAAAUAUUGGAGUCGCGUUCUGCGCUGGGCUAUGGGUGGUUGACUCUAACACCAUAGACCGACUUUGUCCCACUGGUGUCAUUGGAGAAUUGCUUAUUGAUGGCCCAUCAUUAGCACGUGGUUACCUCAACAAACCCGAAUUGACUGCUUCCUCCUUCAUAAAAAAUCCUUCAUGGGCUCAAAAACAUGGGAUGGCUCUGAACAGACGCAUGUAUCGCACGGGAGAUUUAGUCCGUCGCAACCAUGACGGAACAUUAACAUUUGUCGGAAGACGAGACGCUCAGAUCAAAAUUCGGGGCCAACGUGUGGAGCUAGGCGAAAUCGAAUACUGGGUUAAGAAAUCCUUGGCCAGCAUAAACCGUGUGGUCGUUGAUUUCAUUUUUGUAUCCGGACAAGAUCGGGACCCCGUUGUGAUUGCGGCCAUGGACAUGGACUGUUCCAACCAAUCGUCGAAUACUCCAUCUCCGAUCAGGCUCACCGAAAGUAUGACAAAGAGCUACCUCGAACUUCAAAAUAGUCUAUUUGAAGCUCUUCCUAGCUACAUGGUCCCCUCGAUCUACAUUCCAUUCAGCCAUAUCCCACUAACUUCCAGUGGAAAGGUUGAUCGAGUUUCACUGCGAGAACUUCUGCAUAAUUUAAGUGAUGGUGAGAUAUCUCACUUUUCACUUGUUGAGAAAGGCUAUCUGAAGCCUUCAACGGAGACUGAAAUUCGUCUACAAGACGCCUGGGCUAUUACUCUUCGUAUUGAUGCGAAUAAAAUCAGCACGACUGAUCAUUUCUUCAGAUCUGGUGGCGACUCUGUCUCUGCUAUGAGAUUAGCUCUCGGAUAUGGCUCACCAUAUUAA